AUGAGAUUGGAGCAUAGUUGUGAGAUUAUUUAUUGGCACGGUUGGGAAGCUCGUGAGUUUGAUAUUGCAGCUGCUAGAGGUAUACCAGAUCGCAAUUAUGCUAAAAUCCCAGCAUAUUUGCAUAUGAUUAAAGAAGCUAAUCCUGGUACGCAUAUUCACUAUGAAACUAAUGAGAAGGCAAGAUUCAUGUAUCUAUUUAUGUCAUUUGGGCAAUCAAUUAGAGGAUUCAACAAUGCAAUGCGAAGGGUGAUUGUUGUUGAUGGAACUUUUCUGAAAAAUAAAUACAGAGGAGUUCUACUUGUUGCUACUGAUGUAGAUGGUAACUCUAAUUUACAGUUGAAAGUGGUUAUUGCUGAUUGUCAAGACCUAGCUUUUGUCUCAGAUAGAAAUGCGUCUAUUUCUAAACCGAUUGGGACUGUCUACCCUCAAUCAACACAUGAAAUUUGCAUUCAUCACUUGUUGACCAAUGAGGUUACAUUUUUCAAGACAAAAGGGUUGACUGCCUUGGUGGAAAAGGCUUCACGGACGUAUAGGUACACUGAAUUUCAGGAACGUAUCACUGACAUUUUUGAAAUGAGUCAUGAGCUUGGAAGAUAUCUACGGGAGGCUGAUGUGCGCAAAUGGGCUCGUUCUCUCUUCCUUGGUGAAAGGUAUGACAUUAGGACCACAAACCCUGCAGAGUCGAUAAAUUCAGUUCUGAGAAUACCUAGAGAAUAUCCGGUUAUUCCUUUGCUAGAUAGUAUAAGAGAAUUGUUGACUCGAUGGUUCUAUGAGCGUCGCUUGGUAAGCUCUAAGCAUCUUGAUCCUUUAACCACUAAGGUGGAGAAAAAGAUUGAUAGGAGAAUUGUGAAGGCAAAAGGCUUUCAAGUCUACAAGGUUGACGACUUCAAAUUGCUUGUGAAAGGAGACAUAUAUGAUUGUCAUGUUGAUUUGGAAAGAAGAACAUGCACAUGUGGGAAGUACAAUAUAGGAAAAAUUCCUUGCCGACAUGCCAUUCCUGCCAUUUAUUCACGAGGUAUGGAAGUAUAA